AUGGCUCGAUCCACAGUCACAGGCAAGAUGCAGAGUUAUUUUGUUGCCAUCACCGUCAGCCUGACAGUUGUGGGUCUCGCCGCGGGCCAGUCAACGCCUGUUACCAAGUCGCUGGAGGAUUAUUUAGGUCAGAAUCAGCGGCAGUACGAUGCGCGAGUCAGGCAGUAUGAGCAGGAUUUGGCCAACUUUCGCACGCUGUUCAGCAAACGGCAGGAACUGAUCGAUUUGCAGGCCGAUUUCCUGCAACUGAAGCUGGAGGAGGCCGCCGUUCGCAUAGAUCCCCUCGGGCUCAUCGAUCCCUGGCACAGGCAGUGCGUCCAGAACUACAGCGGGAGCAUACCGACGAUAGCCACUGCUCGAUCCGGAGUGACCAAAUGCCGGGCAACCAUCAAUGGCGUUCUCAACAAUGCCGAGAGCACGUACAACACUCUGAAGAACUACUACAACGUCAAUCUGAAGAACUCCCUGUCUGACUGUGUCAAGAACUUUCCGAAUGCCCAGCUAAACUACACGCUCUGUGUGACCAAAGCGAUUGCCACCACCAAUACGGUCUCGAUUGCCAACCAGAAUAAUUUCAACAUCUACCUCAAAGAUGCCGAUUGCACCGCCGAUGCGCGCAUCAGAGCUGCCUGGACAUGCUCCACUGGCCAGGUGUAUGCCACCGGCGCUACCAUCGAAACGGCCCAGCGGCUCAUCGACAACUGCAUUGACAAUCAGCUCGUGUGCGGCUCCGCAUCCUGCUCGGCCGGUUGCCCAAAUAUUUCCUUCAUAAGCCUAACGGAGGGUGACUUCCGCAAUGAAACCAUCAGAAAUCCCUUCCGCGGCCUGAGCACCCAAGCUGGUUGCAGGGAGUUCAGAUUUAAGUAAUGAACGAAUAGCCCAAUGAGGAAUGGGAAUUGUAUUGAGUAGAAUUCAACCAAAGCAAAUAGUUAAAUAGCAUUAAAAAGCAUUUAUUUGGUUAUUUUUAUGUAUGCAUAUAUGAAGCGUAUACUUGAUAUAAAGCUUCGACAGCUGA